AUGCCUUCUCUUCAGCUUCUACAGUUAACUGAACGUGGUCGGGGCCUUUUGGCCUCGAGGAGGAAAACGCUACUUCUUGCAACUGGCAUCAUUGUUGCCGGUGGAACUGCUGCUGCAUACAUGCAAUCACGAAAUAGGUGUAGAAGUCAGAAUUCUUUGGGUCACUGCAAUGGAACCAAAGACAAUGAUGUAGAAUCAAACAAUUUGAUUGGAAAGGAUAAUAACGUAACAAAGAGUAGGAAAAAGAGAGGAAGUUUGAGGUCUCUCCAAGUUUUGGCUGCUAUUCUUUUAUCUCGCUUGGGUCGAAUGGGUGCAAUAGAUAUUUUGUCUUUGGUGGCUAUAGCGGUUUCACGGACUGCUGUUAGCAACAGAUUAGCUAAAGUCCAAGGAUUCCUUUUUCGUGCUGCUUUUCUCCGACGUGUACCAGCUUUUUUCCGUCUUAUUCUUGAAAAUAUUUUACUUUGUUUCCUCCAGUCAACUUUGCAUUCUACCUCAAAAUAUAUAACAGGCACCUUAAGUUUACGGUUCAGGAAAAUAUUGACGAAGCUUAUCCAUACACAAUAUUUUCAGGUAAUUGUUAACGCUCUUUUUGCUGGAAGAUCACUCCAAUUCCUUGAUCUAAUUGUUUGCUAA